UGAUGAUAUUCAUAAUAAUUACGCUAAAAUUGGUUUUUUGACGCCAGCGGCACAAAGUUCAAGGCAGGAUCUCGGGAAGGAUCAUAGGUUUAGCUACGUCCUUGGCCGUCUCCUCGCCGAGCAGUGCAGUCACGAGGACGAGAGCGAACUCGAAGCAGGUCCCCGGUCCUUGACUGGUGAUAAGGGUCCCGUCCCUGCUCACGCGGGCCUCCGUGUAACUGUAGCUUUCCUCCAUCUUCUCCCUCACGACCGGGUGAGAGGUAACCUGCUUCCCUUUACCGAUCCCGUGGGCCAGAAGAGCGGUCGGCCCCGCGCACACAGCUGCUAUAUACUGCCCACCGCUCUCCUGCGCCUGCAGAAUCUGCUUCACUUUGGGAGACUCGGAGAGUCUUUUUGCGCCCCCCAAGCCCCCCGGUAGAACGACCAAGUCGUACGGGCCCCGCUCGGCGGCCGAAUCCAGCGAGGAAUCUGGGAGAAUCUUGACCCCGCGGCUGCAUUCCACGGGCUCGGCCGAGUCCAGGCCGGCUAUGAUCACCUCAACCUUGGCUCUCCGUAAGACGUCGGCCGUGAUGACCGUCUCCAUCUCCUCCGCCCCAGGAGCCAGGAUCAGCAGAGCCUUUUUUCCGGACGCCAUUUGCGUUCGCACGUUUCCGCGCAUGCGCGUAAUCGACUUGUUAGUAAGUCGGGGGCGCGGUGGCUCUGCGAUUGAAGAGCGGAAAAGCCCUAACUCCGUACCCCUAGUCGAGGAAAAAACGAAAUAUGCUUAGAUCGAGACAUAUAACGCUACUGCUGGUCUGUUGGGGCUUGGUUCUGUGGGGAUCUGAGGCGGCAGACGAAGCUGGAGAGAAUUCUGAAACAACCAGUGGUUGUUACAGAUCACAACUGUCCGAGUACGAGACACUGUUCAGAAAUGCGUUCGCUCUCAAGUUCGAAGAGACUGGCGCCACCGAGUCGACGGUCUCCGUCUACAUCAACUGCAUGUCAUUCGGUCAAGACAAGGAACUGGAGACGGCAAUAGUGUCCGGGAACGUGUCCACCGCCGCUGGCGAACAAGUCCUGAGGUUCACGUGCCAGGAAGACAUGCUCUUCGUUCUGGAGUCCGAGAGAGAGUUCAGUAAGGACAGAAACGAGUCGUGUCUAGAGUGUGCGGGGCCAGAGUCGACUGCAGAGGACGCCUGCCUCGUUCCUUGUGCAGAAAACUGUGAUCGGUGCUACGAUACCUCUGAAACCUGCGAUUGUACAAGACGUGUGUAUGACACUGAUGAUGAGUUAAUACGUGAAAUAGAACAGUUGACAGAGGAGGAGCAUAUUGACGUGGCAAUUGAGGAGGUUAUUAAGAAGCACUCAGAUUGUGCUAGUGAAUGUCCGGACCACUAUGAAACUAGCGAAGGGGACUCUAGCAUUUGCUAUCCCUGUGGGAUAAGGUUCUGUGCAGAGUGUCACGAGGAGGGCGGGGAGGGGGAGUGUACCGAAUGUCUCCCCCACACUGAGCUGUUCCACGGAAGUCACGGGACCGAGUGUCUGUUUGGCGAGCUGGAAGAGAUCCUCCACGUGGCCGAGGAGCAGGAGAGGGAGGUGGAGUUGGAAGAAGAGGAGAGAAACACGUCAAGGAUUACAUUGGCUGUGACUCUGCCCAUCGUGUCAUUGGUGGUGGUGGCUUUCUUCAUCUUCAUGUCCUACAUCGCUCACAGACGCUACCCUCACAUCGGGGAGACCGGGAAGUCUAGGCAUCGCAACAAGCCACUGUAUGUCGAUACAUUCACACAUCUUGGGCUUUCUAUUGGAAAUGACACCUGUGUCAUGAUAUGCAUCUCCUUUUCCCACCUGUAUCGUGUUGAAACCCCGUUCUAAAAAGACACACCCAUAUACGGGCACUCUUUGUUUGUCUUUGACACGGCUGAUACGUCACACUCUUUAGACACACAGGGUUCCUCUGCCUAUUAGUGCCCAAUCAGAGGAAGUUCUCCACUACAUAAGUUAUCUUGGUGCAAACUGAUGUGUGUGAUACUGAAGAUUACUCGUGCCUGUUGCCUCAAAACACUCUGCAGCCCAUCAUUGACCGAGGAAGAGCAAAAUGCAGUACGAUGACAGUGUUGUGUAGCGCACGCCAGCCGUCAAGCUACAUAUACGCUGAUACCAGCACCACGUCCAGCCGUGUACAUGGGACUUGGUGGCUGUGGCACAUCUACUGCCCUGCCAGUGUAGUGCUCCCGCUUUUAGUGUGCACUUCGCUAUACAUACAUCACUUAGUGUGGUCUAUGCACAAUAGUAUAAUAUAUAUCAGAUCCUGAUAAAGUGACAAGCACAGCUAAGAGUUAUUGUGAGGGUCUGUUGUGGGGGAAACUGGUUAGUUGUCACAGUUCUUUUCAGUCUCUUCUGCCUGCUAAUUCGUGUUCCUGACAUGAUUUUUUCUCUCCUUGGUGCCGUCUCAUGUUCCUGGUCCUGAGCACUCUCCUCUCUCCUUCUCUUCUCCUUCUCUUCCCUUUUUCCGUGCCACCCAGCUGAUAAGGGCUGGGCUGACUUGAAGAGUCGUGAGAGGGUGCCCACCCAAAUAGAGCCAUCUCCUGUCUCAGUCUUCUAACUAUGUGGACCUCUCCAUCUGUCAAGGAAACUGUUCUCCCAAACUUUUCGUCUCUCCGAGGGCUGAGGAGAGAGGAGGAUCUUGGUUUGUGUCAGGUGCAGCUAAAUCAACCUUUGUGUUCUCGGUGGGGGUAGCUGUGGGCGGAUGGUAGCCUGAUGAUGUAGUCCGGUCACUUCCCACGACUUGACUGGCUAAGAUUUGAACUUAGCGCCUCACCACCACUACAGCAAUAUGGAAACAAAAACCGUCUGACGGCAGUUUGAUCAAUGCUUAC